AUGAUAAAAGAUGAAUAUUUUGGUGAAUUUGAGUUUUUAGAGAUGAUGGAAGAUGAAGAUGCAGGUGAAUCUGAGUUUGAAAAUGAUGGUGAAUCUGGUUUUGAAGAUGAAGAUAUGAUUCUUCUUUUCUUCGGUAAAGAUAUUAAGUACCAAACUACAUUUGUACAUCCUAUUAGACAAAAGAUUCAAAGAGUAUGUUUCCUCUAUAUAAGUUGGAUAAAAUCCUCAUUUGAGUACUCAUCUUUGUCUAUCUUUACUAUCUUCUUAUCAUUAUGCUUUGAAGAAAUCAUGGAACAAUCAUCAAGCUCUAACAUAAUGGAUAAUCAAAGGUUGCCACAACAUGAAAAUAUGACUAAUGUCUCUUUGCCUAAUAUGGUCAAUGUCAUGCCUGCUGCUGAAAAUGGGGUCCCAAAUCCUCAUGGAGAUGAUCUAAUUCUAGAUCGUGAGACUAGAAUACGUUUACAAAAUCGAGGAUACGCCAAAACCUAUCUGAAGAGAAAGAAUGGUCGCAUCGAAAAUCUGGAAGACAAACAAAAUACAUUAGCGGAUAUAAUAGGUAAAGAAAUUCCAAAGACUGAGGUUUACACAAACUUUAAUUCUGUUAUUAAGUCUGAAAUUAACACUUUGGAACACACAUUAUUUGAAGUCAAUUCAAAUGGGGAGGUUCUAAAUGUUGAGAUGGAUACGAUAACCGAUAAAUUGGAGCAGAUGAAAUUAUCCAAGGAGGCAACUGACGUAGAGUUCAUCAGGAAGAAGAAUGGAGGCAAAUGAAAUGCAACUUAAUGUAGCAGUUUGUAUAUAAAUAUUAUGAUAUGAAUAAGGAUUCAGUUAUUAUGUAAACUAUUAAAUAAUAUAAUAAAAGUCUCUAUCAUUAUGAAUA